GCUUGGUGCCGCUGGAAAAACUCCGCUUCAGCCAGAGGCAGAUCUCCCCCGUUUUCAAAUGCGGGAAGAGCAUCGAGGCCGUGCGGGACGCCCUCGCGUCUGGCGGCCUGACCGUCUUCGACUUCCCGCCGCUGAUGGUCCACAGUGUCGAGACUGUCGCAGACCCGGCGGCCCGGGGUCUCUACUCCGCAGACAACCGGCGGCUGUGGUGCUUCCAGGAAGCCCGGAAGGCGGCGGAGCUUAUCCACUGCAGACGUGAUGUCGGGGUCUGGGAGAGAAGUGCGAGCCUGUGGCGCUCGGUCUGGUCGAUAUUGUAAAAAUCUGUUCUGCGCAGCCAGCAAGUAGACCUCCUUUUUCGACGCAGAGAAUAGAUCUUGCAUGGGGGAUACAUACUAAGCAUUGGGAGCCAUAAUUCGAAAAACCUGUGAAGAUGCUAGUAGGGCUUGCAUGAUGACAGACGACCACCUUCUGUGUCAUGCAAAGGCAGCAGCACAAAGAAAGCUGUGCACUCUAAUUCCAGACCCAGACAUACUUAUUUGCACUUCAUAAAGCUUCAGAGCGUGAAAAACGACCUCACAGCCGUCCCGUGCUGGGUCUUCAACGAGGAGUGCGGUGCGGCGCUGCAUCCAAAGCACCUUCUGCGAAUCCAGGAGGUCCUGGGCGAGGGCGGUGGCUACGGGAGAACGGUGUCCGUUCGCGGACCCGGCGGGCACGUGUUUGGUGGCGAAGUGAAGGAGGCGGUGGAGGUAAUAGACCUCACAUGACCUGUUCUGCGAUCCUCGUGGGAAUGAGAACAUUUUUUGCGCGCGACGAAGUGCUAGAAGGUAGUCAAUUCAUUGAAGAAUCCUACUCAAACACAAACUCCUACUUUGAUCUUCUAUUUGAUUUUACGUCCACUCACAGUUUAGGUUUACGUCCAAUUAUUUUGAUUUUACUUAUGGUCGAGUGAACGUCCACUCACAUGAGAAUGAGGCAAGACAAAUGUUCAAAUGUCAGGACAAACACAAACAUGAUGAUGAUGCUUUUGAUUUUACAUUUGGAAUAUAGAUACUUACUCCUUCCACCCAGAAUGUAACACUGUGGCAAAGAAAAAUACAGAUUGCUCCGCUUGAGUCGAAACAAGAUAGAACGAGAACUAGGAGUGUCACUGUUCUCUAGGAAAAAUAAACAUUUUCGCCAUCGGGCACGAAAGUAGGGCCAGCUUUUUUGCCAAGGC